CUUGACAACGACAGCAAAAUUGAAGACGUCGCGUUGUAUAAUCUAUGCCUCAAAUAUAUAUGUUUGGUAAAAUGGCGUAAACGUAAAUUUGCAGUUGAAAUAAAGCGCUAUUUUAAGAGCGUACUAUGCGCAAUUGGCCUCGGUGCCCGCAGCGAAAGUACGUUGAAUAUGCCGCGGAGCGCGUCUCCGCCCCAAUCCAGUUCGCUCGCAGCGCCCUCGCACUAUUUUUCCACACGCGGCGCCUCAGCGGCAGAGCGCCGUUCGGCCCACUCGACCAUUGUCUAGUACACUCUACCAGUAUUUCUCAACGUGUUGCUGAACCACAGAACACCCACCCAUACGCUGAACUAGCCAAGCUUGCUUGUACUUUGCAAAGUGCUUCGCAUCGUCACGCGAAGCUGCGAAGGCGACAUUCAGCGUGUGAGCUUGCUCGAGUGUUUAAUGCAUCCGGAUGGUUGCUCGCGCCGCGACAGGCCUGUGUCCUAUUGUGUGUUGGACUUCUGCCCCAGCAAAUUCGGAGACCCUGUGAGUUUCCAUAAGUUCCCCCGAGACGAGGCACAAAGAAACGCCUGGAUAGAGUUUGUCCGGGCUACCGGGCGGCACUUUUGGACGCCGGGGAAGUCGAGCAUGCUUUGUUCGCUCCACUUCAGCUCGGACGCGUACGAGUCCAAGUAUGCGGUCAGCUUCGGCAUUGCGAAGAAGCGUUGGUUAGUAUCCGGUGCCGUGCCGACGGUGUAUCCCGCUGCUGCACGAAGUCUCCUACCGUCUGAAAGCGGAGCAACUUCGCCGAAGCGUCAGUGCGUAGCUGAAGUUGGCAGCGAUGGUGUUGAUCUCUGCGAGAAGACGGCCAUGAAAGAGACAUCUUCGAGCACAGCACUUGGUCAUCACUCCAACACGUUAUCACCACCAUGCGGAGCCACAGCAGGGAUUGGGUGCAAUACAUGCGACUUCCAGAUUCAGUGCACUGUGCAAGUGUCACUGAAGGCGACACAAGCAAGAAUAUGUCCAAAAAUGAGAAGCAUUGGUGUGCAAAGACAAGGUGCCAACCGGACUGUGGAAUGUCAGACUGAGUACGAUUUUACGGACAUUGUGCACUCGGAGGACCUAACAGCCGAGGUGCUCAACACCUAAGCCACCAGGAUGACACUAUGGACACUACGUUUGAGCCAUCUUUGGAGGACUCGGGACCUGCUCCCGUGGAACCAUGUCCUCGAAAAAUUGUGUUCGAGGAAAACCUUCAGCAAGUUGUGAAGUCUUGCAGGAAAUGCCACCUCCCUGUAGUCAUCACUACAGGGCUGAAAAAGAAGGUGCAGGCUGUCUCCCGGCCAUGGGGCUGCGGUGUGAUUGAAAAGUGGGCGACCUGCAUCAUUAACCACUUCUACUUUUCGGUGAGGACAGCUGCAGCAAGAGUGACAACUGCUGAAAGAAGGGACGAGCUCGCGGUAGCCAUCUGGGUGUCACUCCUCAACCACAUCCAGAAGAAGCACUAUGACCACAGUGAGGAAUAUGCCAACUGCGAGCAUGGGGACCUCUUGCCUAGAAAGUGGAUUUUUCCAGGUAAUGUUGGGCUUCUACUUGAAAUCGUGGACGAGGUUGUGGCAGUUUCUGUACUUCGCACAUCACAACUUUGCCUACACCACCGCUACUUACAAGCUCUUUUGGACCAGUGGACAAGGCUGUGCUAGUGCGGGGUCACCUUUCAAGGUUUGCGUCCUGUGAAGACCGACCUGGGCACAUAGAAGGCACCAGUGAUGACAGUGCAUAGUUUGAUUACGCACUUGCACAUCUUUCGUGGAGCAGGCGAUCAUUGUCAGCAACUUCCCACAAGUUGUCUAUGUAACGUUAAAUGUCUCAGCAUGACUCUUGGGUUUGAGGUACAGGGGUCCUGGAUUAAUUUCAACCACUGCAUGCGAGAGGCAUUGCUAGGUAGCUUACCUACAUACUCGUGUAAGGGCUGCAGCUCCAACUUUGCAGGCCAUAAUAUGGGGGGAAAUCCAACGGAGAAGCAAUGGUGUUUGGUGCCCCGAUGCUGCGUACUUCCGCAUGCCACUACUAGAUGUCGAGAGCCAGGGAGUGCACAAGAUUCGUGGUGUGCAAGGUUCGGUCCUGUGCAAGGGCCGCACCUUGUCAAAAUUAUGAAACAAAGGUGCGCCCCUUACACGAGUCUAUACAGUACAACGGUAAUGUUAGCGUAAGGUAUAGAAUGUUGUCAUCAAAAUGUUUGCUUAUGUUUUCAUAUUUUGUGUGGUGGUACAUAGCCCCCUGUAUUUUUCUAUGCCCAGUCAUUCACUCCAGCACUGCCAUUUAACAUUCCUGACCACGUCGCACCUCGCCAAAAGUGCUUGCAUUCCGGAAUGGUUUCCACCGCGUGUCUAUGAGCAUGUGCUAGUUUCCGUGUAUUCCAAACAUUUUGCCCGAAUCUGGAGCAGGAUGAUGACACCAACUGUUAGAGAACCUGUGGUAAACAUUAUUAGCGCAUUCUAGCAGCAUACAGUAUUGUGGAAAUUGAAGGACGAUGCAAUGGGCAGGUGAAGGGAAGGAGCGCACACAGAAGAACCAAUAUGUAGAGGGAAAACGUGACAAACCAGCACUUACAGGGGAACAAAAUGAUCUAAGAGAGAGCUAUGUUUUUAACACACAUUCCACAACGUGUUAAAUGUGAAGUUUCAGAAAAACCUGCAUGGGAGAUAUUUAUUCCUUGCAUAUCACUAGGGGUGUGGUCUAUGUAUCAAGCUGUUUCAUCAUCAUCAGCCUAUAUUUUAUGUCCACUGCAGGACGAAGGCCUCUCCCUGCGAUCUCCAAUUACCCCUGUCUUGCGCUAGCAUAUUCCAACUUGUGCCUGCAAAUUUCCUAACUUCAUCAUCCCCAGGCGCGGGUCCAGGGGGGAUGUCCGGAUGUCCUGACCCUCCCCCCUCCUCAGAUUUCUGUAUCGCCCCCUCUCUGAUAAGGGGAUGGCCCUGUCACAAAAAAAUAUGACCACCAGCAUUCUUCAGAAGUAUUUUUCGCGAGUACCAGUGAUAUCAGCCAUGUAGAAGUAAAGCUAGCUCGCUCACAAGCUUAGUUGAAUUCUGUCGGGGUGUGGUGUCGCGAAGUUGCCGUAGUUAUUUUUUCUCAUGAACACCUUGGACCUCCUGGCGCCAGCGGUGCCUUACUCGUCCCGUCGGUGGCGUCGAAUGAACGAGGGGACGUCCCUUUUGCCAAGCACGCCGAUGUCCGCGCGAGCGCCUUCGCGCCUGAUCAACUUAGGUGCCCCUUGGGGUGUCAUCGGUUGCCUCAUUAGCUGUCAUCGGUUCCGCGACCAACCUGCUUAAUAAAAGAGAUCACUUGCUGAAGUGUUCAUAUACAGGGUUUGUCCGAAAAGUAAUGUCAGUGAUUAUAUUGUGAAGCGACUAUACGUCGCAGCGCACUAAGACCAGUUGGGACUGGUGGAGGGGGAAGUUAGCUUACGCACGCGCUGUCGCUCCAGAUGGUCGCAGACCAUCUGGAGAGUAAGGAAAAGGUUUUUCGUCAACUCAUUUUCAUUUACCGUGCAAGCCGUAAUGCAGCGCUCGUUUGAACGAAGGAUUGCCAUGGAGUUUUGUGUGAAACUCGGCAAGUCUGCAGUGGAAACAUUUCUUCUGAUAAAGACAGCUUUUGGUGAUAAUUGUUUGUCAGAACGUCAAGUUUACCUGAAUCACAAGAUUUUUUUAGAAGGUUGUGAAGAGGUCAGCGAUGAAGCCCGUGCUGUACCACCAUCAACGACCAGUGUACCGACGAAAAUGUGAUGCUCGCGAGAGAUAUUUUGUACUCAGACCCUCAAUUGAGUGUCCGUUUAGUGGCACAGACAGUAAACAUUCCAAGAAGUACCGUUCACAAGAUUUUGACGAAUAAUUAUCAGAUGCGAAAAGUGUGCGCGAAGAUCUUGCGCAAAAUGCUAAUGAACGGCCAACAAUCGAGCCGAGUUGAAACGUGCCAGGAGGUUUGGGACUUGUGCGAAAGUGACCCCCAUGUUUUGGACAAUGCCAUCACAGGUGACAAGACUUGGGUGUUUUAAUACGACCCCGAAACAAAAAGGCAAAGUGCCAAGUGGCACAGCUCGG